GGAAAUCUCAUAUUUAACUAGUUAAACACCUAAAGAUGAAAGAACGAAUAUAGCUCUAAAAACGACGUCGACUCGUACACUUUCAAUUUCCGAAUCAAAAAUCAACAUAGCAUAGCAUAGAUCGAAUCCAACUUCAUUCAUGCUUUCGCGAAACCACCAACAUCAAUAAUCUCAUUAUUCGAAUCUUCAAAAACCAACAAAAAUGGAUGACAAAACGCACUCUAACAACAAGAAAAACGACGACGAAGAAGAAGUUACUCAACAAACACAAGACGCUAAAUCGCCGGUCGCCGGAGCCGGUGGUGGUGGUAAUUGGGGUGGUUGGGGAGGAUUUUCUGCGCUUUCUAUUCUCUCUGAUCUUCAAAAAGCUGCUGCUGUUGCUGCUGAAGAGAUCUCUCGCAAUGCUGCUUCAGUUGCAGAGACAGCAUCAAAGAGCAUUGCAGAGUUGCAAAUCACUGGUGAAGAAGAGUCUGAAGCUUCCAAAGAGGAUGUAGGGGAUGAAGGAUCUGCAAAGGAAAGUGAUGAUGAGAGUGACACUGCUCCAUUGCGAAAAUCUGCUCUGGAUAGGUUGGAGAAAGCUAGUGAAGAUUCACUGCUUAGCCAGGGUUUGAAGGUUUUCGAUAAUUCUGUGGAAACUUUUGCUUCUGGAGCAUGGAGAACUUUAGGAAAUGCAUGGCGAGGGGGCAGUGAGUUAGUUCAAAAGCUCGAGAAUUCAGCUUCAAACCUUGCAGGAUCUGUACCGCAUGAUGGACCAGGAGCUCCAGGUUCUAAUGCACCUUCCCUAUUAGAGACUGGAAAAGCUUUUACUGCAAAGGGAAUGCAAGUGCUUGAAUAUGUGGGUAAGGAGACAAUGGACUUACUAAUCAGUGAAACCGGAAUUGAGGUUGAAAAGGCUAGAAAUGAUGGGGAUCAAUUAUCAGAAGAAGUGACAUUUGAUCGAUGUUUUUACAUUUAUGGAGGUCCAGAGCAGCUGGAGGAACUGGAAGCUUUGUCUAGUCAUUACGCCUUGUUGUUUAACAGAAGAAAAGCAAAAUUAUCUGCAGAGCAAAAAUCUGUAUUUGACGGGAAGCUUAAAGAGGUCCAACAAAUUUUUGAUUUGAGUAAUGAAAUUGAUGCUGGUACUGAUUCUAACAAAGGAAAAACAGUAGAGAGAGGAAAUGAGGGAAGCAGUGAUGAGAUGAAGAACUUACAUGAUUCAAGUGUUGGCAAGGCUGCUGAAAUGGCUGCUGGUUUCACAAAUGCUUUGGCUGGCCUAGCUGCUAAUGAUAUAAUUCAGAGAACUACUGGAAGAUUAGACUCUCUUCAUUCUGAGGGAGUUCAUAGGCUAUCUGAAAUGUGCUGUUUUGCGGUGUCACAACUUCUGACGUUUGGAAAAUCCAUCAUUUCUCUUGCCAACAAAACUGUGGAGGAAGAAGUUGAUGGUAAUAAGGUUAACAUAGAGUGGCCUGAAGAUGUUUCUGCAAAAGCUAAGAUUAUAAGAAUAAAUGUUCAGACAAUGAUUGGAUAUUUGGAAGCAGUUUCCAACAGUUUCGUUACAGGCAUAUCUGAUGUAACUGAGGCCUAUCAAGCUUCCAUUAAAGGUGUUACUGCUGAGUCUCCCACAGCUGUUCCCAAGACAUCAGUCCAAGAAAAAGCCAGUGCUUUCUCUGAACACCUUCGAGCUGAUCAAAUUACAGCGAUAAGUAAAAUCCAGGACGGGGUGCAAUUUUUAGCUCACGUUGUCCUUUCAACCUCUAUGAAUGCGGCUUGAACACUAAUUUUUCUUUUAUGUAAAUAGUUCGGGAUUUAUUAAUUCCAAAGUGAUACCACUCAACUAUGCUGGAGCUCAUACUGAUGAUUGAGCGGUACACUCUUAGUUGUGUCUGUACUGGGGCAGAUUUGUCCAGUUAAAUUGAUUAUUUUUUCCCCUUAAUUUUCUUAAACCAUAAACUCAUAGAUAUAUGCAAUUCUUACUGUAUGUUAACUAUAUAUUUUCUCAAACCAGUCAUAUAUUGGAUGUGUGUGCAAUUCUUGCUA